AUGAACCGUAUGAAUUAUUAUUCAUAUAGACGUUAUCCAACUCGGAAUAUCGAUAGCAAACACGUUCCAUUGAGUUUAAAUGGACUCAAGAGAGUUGGAGAUAAUCCAUGUCCACGUUUAGCCAUUGGCUCAGAAUACAUGAGUCAAGACCUCUAUUUUCUGUACAAAAACUCAAACGAUUAUCAUAUGAAGGAAGAAGUGAGAAAAGGAAUAAUUAAGACGUGUAAGGAUACUAACAAACGGUUUCAUUGCAAACGGAAAAGUCUGAAUUAA